AUGAACCUCAAACCCCGCGCCACCACCUUCCUCACCACGCUCGUCAACUCCCGCGAAACAGCAUCCAUCGAACACCUCCUCCACCCGAACAUCACCCUCCAACACAACGACCUCCCACCGAUGAGCAAAUCCGAGCUGAUUGCCUUCUGGCCGGAGGUGCUCGCCCAGAGUCCGAAUUUCCGGGUCCAGGUUCGGGAUGUCAUCCAGGAGGGGAAUAAAGUGUGGGUUUAUUCUCGGGUUGAGGGGAGGUUGGGUAUGGGUGUUAUGGAUGAUGUGCAUAUGUUGGUUUUCGAUGAGGAGGGACUGAUGGUGAGGUGUAGGGGGGUGCAGAGGGUUGUUGAGGGGGAGGGGAAGCAUUCUGUGGAGGAGGAAUCUAAAGGAAAAGAAAGUGAGAUAUGUGAGGGUGGGGGGUUGAUGUAA